GCAGGCGGCGGCGGCCCCACCACCAUGCCGCGGGUUGUCCCCGACCAGCGGAGCAAGUUCGAGAAUGAGGAGUUCUUCAGGAAGCUGAGCCGCGAGUGCGAGAUUAAAUACACCGGCUUCAGGGACCGGCCCCACGAGGAGAGGCAGGCCCGCUUCCAGAACGCCUGCCGCGACGGCCGCUCCGAGAUCGCUUUUGUGGCCACAGGAACCAAUCUGUCUCUCCAGUUUUUUCCGGCCAGCUGGCAGGGGGAGCAGCGGCAGACACCAACCCGGGAAUAUGUCGACUUCGAGAGAGAAGGAGGCAAGGUGUACUUGAAGGCACCUAUGAUUCUCAAUGGUGUUUGUGUAAUCUGGAAAGGCUGGAUAGAUCUACAGAGACUGGAUGGUAUGGGUUGCCUGGAAUUUGAUGAAGAGAGAGCACAGCAGGAGGAUGCAUUGGCACAACAAGCCUUUGAAGAAGCCCGUCGAAGAACUCGUGAAUUCGAGGACAGAGACAGGUCUCAUCGGGAGGAAAUGGAGGUGAGGGUUUCACAGCUGCUGUCAGUAACUGGCAAGAAGACAGCAAGACCCUAGCCCGGGCUCUAACCUCGGCAGUGGCGACGACCUCAAACUCCGCUAAGCAGCAGGCGCAGCGUGGGGCUGCACACACAUUGCAUUGCUUCUACUGGCAAAGGAUUCCAAUAAAAGACCAGAAACUGUGAGAACUUGGGCAGAAGGACGCUCUGCGUCCCGACCUGCGGCCCUCGGAGUCACCGCCAGCUGCCAUGGUUUGCACUAUCUCUCACCAUCCCUGCGUUUCCCAUUCGGAGCAUGCAGCCAGUUGGCAAUUUGAAAGUUCGGGGUGGUUUGGUUUGGUUUUUUUCUAUGCAAACUUCUUUGUUGUUGUUGUUGGCACUAUUUUAGUGAAACGGAAACUUAUGCAGCUAUAAAACCAUUUUCCUCCACUGUAAGAAAAGCUGUCACUUGGAUAGGUCAGGAUAUUACAGAUUUCAAAGUUCUUUUGUUGUUGUUGUUGGGGUUUUUUUGUAAACUGCUGGAAGCCAAUGCAUUCCAAGCUUACUAUUUGUUUUUAACAUGGGCUUUUGGAGUUUUUGAUUGUCCUUAUUGUGCUCCUGCUUUGAUUUUAGAUAUGCAUUCUUACCUUUCUUUCAGUUUUCUGUCUUUCUCGGGGGGUUUUUUUUGCCAGACCUCUCCUUGAAACCCGCUGACAUGAUUUUGUGUUGUUUCCAAGCUAAACCCAGUGAAUCAGAGCCGUUGGAAUCGGCUUUCAGACGCUGUGGGUUGAAGAGUUGCAGUUGCAGUGUUCUUUUGACUGCCAGCAGUUCAUUGGUUCCACUUUUUUAAAGGAUUAAAAUCAUUAAAAUGUCUGGUUUGGUGCGUUAAUGCGUUCUGCCCCCGCUACCUGUCUUAGAUCCUUGUCCUGUUUCUGAUGAGUUGGGGUGGUGGCUUUGCCCCUGUCCAUAGCACUUCACUGAAACUCAUGGGAAGUCACAGGCUGGCUUCUGUUUUAUUCAGGGAUUUUUUUAAGCAGGUUGGAAAAAGGGAUACUGCAACUCUCCACCAUCAGAUUCCACAGCCUGUCAAACAACUGGGAACCAAAAGCAACCGGCUGCGAGGUGACGAGACACAUUAAAUCAUGUUUAAGCUGCUUUGAGCACUAUUUUGUAUCGUAGGCUUUCGGGCAAGUCGUGGCGCUUCCAUCACACUCCUGCACGUCCAGACCACGUUGCAGUACCCAAAGGGGCGGCUCUGGGGUGAGUCAGCCUGGGUGAGGUGUCCUGCCUUCUCUGGGGUUGAUGGUGAAUGGGCUUGCUCCAAAUUUUUCGUUGCAUCUGAUAUUUGAAGAAAAGGGGUUGGAAAUCUGACGUUGUGGCAGCGUGUGGUGCCUCCUGUCCCGCCCCAGUGAAGGGGCACUUCAAGGCUUUGUUGUAAGCAGGUGGUCUGACCUGAAGAAUGGUUUUUAAAGGUACAAGCUCUGUAUGGUUCAAGCAGUUACACCUGUAGCAAAGUCUGUCAUUCAGAUAAUUGCCUUCCUCAUUAGUGGCAAAACAAUGCAAAAGAGGUCUUGCAAAAACACGUGGAGGGAGCCGUCUGUGUGUUAAUGUGAACGUUUAACGUUCCCUUUGAAAUGUCAGUAACUGUCAAGUGUGAGACAGCCAUCCAACAGGAAUGCUGUGAUAUUUACAUGUGGUUCACACAAGGUAACCUCCACCCCAUGACCACACAUCCUUCUCCCCUUCGGGUUGUCCCGAAGUGUUUCUGCAGUGAGUCCUCGGGAGGGCCACACAGCUCCAUCUGCACUCACCCCAGGCCUCGAGUCUCCUCUGCCAUCUCUAUUUUUGAUGGGAUAGCCCUGAAGAUUCCUUUUACAAGGCUUCCUGAACGUUUCCUCCAGUGGUUGCUCAACCACGAGGACGCAGGAAAUGAUGCUACCGGAUACUCCCCUCACUGUGUGUGUAAAUACUGACCUUUCCCUCUCAUCAUUUAGCGUUCUGCUGCUUUCCACAUCUUAAUGCUGGCAUUAAGAUCAGGAGCCCUUCCCCUCUGCUGGUUAGUGCAGACUUUUUAAAGUGCAUUUUUAAGUUAUUGAUGCAAUUCGAUAUUUUUCGUGAUUUCUAUUUAAACUGAAGUUGCAUCAUCUCCUCUCUCACCUCCUGUAAGAGUUGCCUUAAGCUACAGGAUUGCUUUUGCUACUUUGUGUUGUAUGUUUAACUUUCAUAAUAAACUUCUGUGUAGUGAGAACAA